AUGGUUGUUGAAGAAAGGAAGAAGAGGCAGUAUCUGACUCCCAAUGCUUCCCAUAAAGAUCAAACCUUAAUUCUAAAUUUAGAUGACAUAUUGUCUUCAACCAAUCCUGAUACACUCACUACUACCAAAGUUCAAGAAUUAGUCGACUUUAUAGACCAUGGCAACAUUAGUACAGUUUUAUCAUUGUGGUCAUCUUAUUCGACAUCUAAUGAACAUAUUCAAGUCAGUAAUAUUUCCGUCAGAUUAAUGCGUUUGACCACUCAGAUCAAUUUGUUAUCAUCGGUUUUGUUAACUCAAAGACAAAUAAUUCUAGAUACCUAUAGAGCCAUAUUGAAUAAUCAUAGCAAAAUCAUAUAUCGAGCAUUAAAUAAUAUGAGAACAUCAUUUACCAAUCCUAUUUUACGACUUUUACGUAAUAUGAUUAAUUAUGAUCAAAUCAUUGCCCAUGAAUUUCUUAAUGCCUUUGAUUUAACUUUGAAUGCAUUACCUAAAUUAUUAGUACCUCAUAAAUCGGAAAUAGAAUCAGGACAAGUUAAAGAAAGAUUAUCCAUUAGAUUAACAUUUAUUAAGUUUUGGAUCGAUUUAUGUUCGAAAGUUGCCUAUUUCCAUAGAUUAGAUUUAUUAUCUAAUCAUCCAAAGAUUAUGAAUAAUUUAUGGAAAUAUAUUGGAAUGGAUUCAAUUGAUUGUAUUAAGAUGAUUAUUGAAUUUGUAGAUUCAAAGAUCUUGGGAGAACCUAAUUUCAAAAGAGCUCAGAAAUGUAAAAUAUUGAAUGAAAACUUCAUGUUCAAAACUCAAGCAAUCUUUCAUAAAACUGAAGAACCAUUCUUUAUUGAAUUCAUGAAUAAAUUGGCCACUGAUUCUAAAGAAGGAUUAGUCUUCCCUAAUGAUAAAUUAUGGCAAAAGUCCGAGAGUGGAGGUGCACCAGUACAAACUAAUAAUAAAACUUUCAGAAUUGCCAAUAAAUUACUAUAUACCUUAUUAACAAGUCUUAAACCAGGAGAAUCUAAUGCUCAAUUACAAUUCGUGGUAAGAAUUUUGGCUGCAAAUCAGGAAUUAAUUCCUCCAUAUAUGAACUGGAUGGUUCAACAAGGAGGUGGGUAUCAUGAUCCUUCAUUAACUUCAUGGUGGAUAUCUCAUUCAUUGUUAUAUUCGAACGUGUUGCAAAUCAGUGCUCCUGAAUUUAAUACCGAUACUGAAUUUUUAAAAUUUGAUGCCAAAUUAGUUAGUGAAAGUAUUGUAUUUGCUCCUUUAUCAAGAAGUGCAUUGACUGCUGGUUUAGAAACCGCAAAACCAUUGAUUACGCAAUUGACUUUACAGUUGAUAUUAUAUAUUUUGAAAAGAUUACAAGCUGUAUUGAAAACUGUUACUAAUAUAAGACAACAAUUGAUCGAUCUUGUAUUUAAUCAAUUACCUGAUUUGAAUGUCAUUGCACAAGUCUUACUUAAAGAAACGGACUCCAAAUCUAAGUUAAUCCAAUUGACUGCAUUGAAUAUAAUUCUCAAAUAUCAAACUUUGUGCCCUUCCAAUAAUGUUAACAAUAAUGUGAAAAAAGUUGUUUCUAAUGGUAUUUCCUCAAUUAUUAAUACGAAUGAUUUAUCAGAUAUUACAGGAUAUGAAAUUACCUUACUUAAUUUAUAUAUUGAAAUUCAAAACCAAGAACAAGAUUUCAAAUGGUGGAAUAAAUUAGGACAAUCCUCAAAUUCAUUCUUUACCGUUUUGAUCAAAUUAGCAUCGAAAUCGAAUUUAGACAAGAGUUUCACAUUGAAUAUUUAUCAAUUAUUAAACCGAUUGGGACAAGAUAAGAUGUUGUUUGAUUCGGAUUUAUUAAUUUCUCCAAUCCUAGCAUUGAUUUAUUCUCUUGAUUCCGCGGGUGUUGAUGAUAGGAUUUGGAAUAUGUUGGAUGAAUCCAUAAGUAGAUCAAUCCGUACUCCAUACAAAUAUCUCGAUUUAUCACAUUUGAAAUAUGAUGAUACUAGUAUUUUCAUCGUUUGUUUAUUUGAACAAUUUAAAUUCACAUUACAAGCAGGUAAUAAUAAAGCUAAUAUUGCUUGGUUAUUCCAAUUCAUGAGAUAUUUAAUUAUUAUCGGUGAAUCUAAGGAUGCAUUAUUGGAGUUGGUUAAACUGUUAGAUAUUGAUGUUGAGAAAUAUGAAUCCCAAUUGGAAUUCAGCCGUACUUUGAAGGAAAUCGAAUUAAAUGAUUCUUCAAUCCUGGAAAUUUUGUUGAAUUAUUCCAUAAAUGAUAUUGUCAAAAUGUCAAACACGAUUGAAAAGAAAGUAAUAGCUUCUGAUUUGGAUUAUUUAACUGGAUUGUUGUUAUUAAAGAUGAUCAUCUCUCUUUCGGGAACGAAAUCGUUAAUACAGAUUUUGUUUCAAAAGUUUUGGAAUUAUUUAUCAAGUUCAGGGAAGAAUAGUCAAGCAGUCAAUUAUUUCACUUCAAAGAAAUGUUGGGGCCCUUUGUUUGCUUAUCCAAAGAGUGAUAAUUCACAAUUGACGAUUGAUUUGUAUAAUGAAAUCAUUAGACAAUUGCCAGAUGCUGAUUGUCAAGAAUUGAGCAGAUUCAUUUUGGGCAAGUAUGUGGAUGGUAAGACCGAUUUUGUUGAGUUUAUGUGGAUAUUGAAUAAUGAUCAGUUGCAACAGUUGCUCAAUGUGGAAAGUUCUGAAUUAUUUAUUAAAGCGGUAGAAUAUUGUAUUGAAAGAGAAAUUCAUAUUUCAUUCGAACACUUUGAGAAGUUGUAUGAAUUGCCUAUCGGUAAUGAAAGGAAUGGCCUACUUAUAAAGCUAAUUGAAUCAAAGUUGGUGGAUAUGACUGAGGAACAAUUGAAUUUAGUGAUCGAUAAGGUUGUUGCUAAUCAAGAUAAUCAUUUCUUAAUUGCUAGUUUCAUUAAAGUUUCAAAUACAGUAGGUAUAAAAUUACUUGAAGCUUCUGAAAGUAUCCAAGACGAAUAUUUGAAUUGUUUGAUUGCAUACUCGUUGUCUCAAUGCAAUUUGGAAAUUCCACAAGGCUUCCUUGAAAAAGUCGAAUCAAUAGCUACGAGAUUGUUACAAGAUAAUAAUUUGGGUAAAUUGCAAUGGAAUCAAUUGUUGGUAAUCUUGUCAAUGCAAGAGUCCCCGUCAGAAGAUAUAGUGAAACAAGUGUUUGCGUUCUUGGAUAAUCAUUUGGGAUUAAAACAUUCAUUUAUUCCAGAAUUUGUUGAUUUUGUUUCUAAAUGUCAAUUAAACGAUCAGAUCCAAUCUUGGUUGCACAAAUCAAUGCUUUAUAUCACGAAGAAGUUUGCCGAAUCACAUGAGUUAUCUGACAACUUUGAGCAAUUCAUUCAAAAUAUUAUGAAUUUCUUGAUUGAAAAGCAAGUAAAUAUUUGGAAUUUCGUUCCUAGUUCAAUCUUAAAUACUCAACUUGAAGUCAUCUUAAAUUCAAAAUUCAAUAAGCAGGCAACAUAUUUGAAGUAUGUUACAUCCAUUGUCAUAAUUUCACCAAAGAACAAACUCGAAUAUCAACGUGUUUUCCAAAUUGCAUUAAAUGUGUCAAACUUGAAUGAUUUACCAACUGAAGAAAACAAAGAACUGAGAUAUUAUUCAGCCAUGAUUUUAUAUUUGAUAUAUAAUAUGGAUCAUAGUAAGUUAUCCACGAUGAUGAAUCUUGAAUUAUUAUUGGAAAAAUAUCUUGGUUCAACAAGAAUGGAAGAUUUGUUACUUAAGUCCAUUUUGAUUAAGAUUGAAUCAAAAAUAGCUGUAUCUUGGUUGACAAAGGUGUCAAAUUGGGAAUUCCUGGAAGAAUUAGCUGGAAGUGAAGUUGAAUUGGUUGGUGAACAAGAUAGAUUGAUUAAGACUAAUAAAGGAGAAUUCACGAUUUGUUUGAAUAAAGGAUUUGUCAAGAAUACAUACACGGCAAUUCAAAACUCCUUACCUGAGUUUGGAAGUGAUGCUAAAACUAAAUGGAAUCAAAUUAAGGAAUGUUAUCAAUCCUCUAGUUUGGGUUCUGGGAAAUAUAGUUCGACUGCUUAUGAUGCUGAGUUUUUAUUGUUGUUGAUUUUGAAUAAUGAAGAAUUACUUAAGAUUACCAAAGAUGAAGAAUCCGGAGUACAGAAAGUAAUUUUUAACAUUAAGAAUUUAAUUGAAACUGGAAUCUUGCAAUUCAUAAUCGGUAACUUAUCAAACAACAAGACUAGGCCAAUCUCCAAAUUAAUUAUUUCAAAGAUCUUAUCAUCCAUGGAUGAUGAAUCAGGUUUCAAAGAUGUGAAUGUUUAUAAAGUUUACUUGUCUUCUGUUUUAUUCACAUUAUCUCAGGAAGAUUUAGAAAUUCCUCCUGUUAUUUGGUAUCUUUGGUCUCAAUUUGUUCCACUUUUAUCUAAUCCUGGUCAUUUCCUUUAUGAAAAGAGUGUAAGGUAUGUAUUGAGUACACCAAAGUUGAAGAAUUGGGAUAUUCCGUUAUAUAAUUUAAUCACCCAUCCAAAUCAAGAAUUGACAGACACUGAGAGUAAUUAUUAUCGAGAAUUAGAUUGGUUAGUUCAGAAUAUAACUGAUGGUAUUGAAAACUUACAAGAUUUAACGAUUUUGAAAAGAGGUAUUGUUGAAACAUUGAUGAAUUUAUUGAAUUCAAAAUAUUUGAAUAUUAAAAUUCAAACUAAUUUAUUGAAAUUUAUUUACAAGAUACAAUCUAUUGAUCAAGGUUCGGAUAUGUUGAUUACCAGAUUUGGUAUGCUAACAGCUUUGGAAACGUUUCUCUUGAAAUUGAAGGAAACUAAUGAUGAUGAUGAUUUGAUUGAUAAGCAGUUAAGAUUGAAUGUUGAUGAAUUGUUAGUUAGAUUUAAAGUGAGUGUUGGUUCGAGUAAAAGAGUAAGAGAGUGGACUAGUGAUGAUUUAGAUAAUACCAUUAAGAGAAUUCAUUUGGAAACUCAGUAG